AUGGCGAAAAUGGAGGCCAGUGGAUCAGAUGAUGUUGAAAAACUGAAAUCCAAAUUCUUAUCAGCUUGGAAUAAUAUGAAAUACAGUAAGUGGAUCAACAUUUUUAAACCAUUCUUAAAACAAAUGGUCUCUUCAUAUCUAGAAGGCAAUAAAAAAUAUUUGAAAUGGUCACUUUAAGGAACAUCACUGCCAUUAAAAUAUUAUUGGUAAGCUGAUGGUGCUUUGACCAAUAAAAUUCACUGCAGCUCUAAGACGGCCCCUCAGAGCUGUCAAUCAUGCAUCCAGAAUUCCCAGCUACAGCUCCUAUAUCACUUUUUUUUUUUUUUUUUAAUGGUGUUGAUAUAUACAAUAGCUAUCCUACCAUCCACUAAUACUUUAUAGACGUCUGAUAAUGUAAAAGGCCUAUAAGCCGGUAUUAAAUUCUAAAACAUUUCAAAGCAGUUUUAUUUUCAAAAUAUAUUGAUCACUCCAGAAAGUAAAUAAUUUCCUUUAUUAAAAUAGUCACCAUAUGUAUGCUUAUGCUGUCUUGAAUUAAGGCACUUCAUCAGUAAACUGCUUGAUUGAUACUUAAAACUGAUUAUCUGUUGUGUUAGUAUAUUCAAUGUAAUUGUUUAAUCAUUGAUUUAAAUGAAAAUAAAAUGCUGCAUGUUUUUCACAUUGCGGUUUUUUUUGUGUUGCAUUGCUGACAUCUCAUUUCUAUUCAUUCCUUUUGACCACAAGUAAUGAAGGGGACAACUACACAGUGUGUUGUGCGUUUGUUUUUUGUUUUUCUUUUGUGUGUGUUUUAAACUUUAUUUCAUUGUUUAUGUGAAGUUCUUGUCUACUAAAAUCUUGCAUGUGCAGUGAGUGCGUAAUCAGUCAAGUGUGGUCGCUAUUCUGAGAUGGACAUGUUUCCAGUGUAGUUGGUAUUCUGAGAUGGACAUGUUUCCAGUGUAGUUGGUAUUCUGAGAUGGACGUGUUUCCAGUGUAGUUGGUAUUCUGAGAUGGACGUGUUUCCAGUGUAGUUGGUAUUCUGAGAUAGACGUGUUUCCAGUGUAGUUGGUAUUCUGAGAUGGACAUGUUUCCAGUGUAGUUGGUAUUCUGAGAUGGACGUUUUUCCAGUGUAGUUGGUAUUCUGAGAUGGACGUGUUUCCAGUGUAGUUGGUAUUCUGAGAUGGACGUGUUUCCAGUGUAGUUGGUAUUCUGAGAUGGACGUGUUUCCGGUGUCUGUAUUCUGAGAUGGACGGGUUUCCGGUGGAGUCUGUAUUCGGAGAUGGACGGGUUUCCGGUGGAGUCUGUAUUCUGAGAUGGACGGGUUUCCGGUGGAGUCUGUAUUCUGAGAUGGACGGGUUUCCGGUGGAGUCUGUAUUCUGAGAUGGACGUGUUUCCGGUGGAGUCUGUAUUCUGAGAUGGACGGGUUUCCGGUGGAGUCUGUAUUCUGAGAUGGACGUGUUUCCGGUGGAGUCUGUAUUCGGAGAUGGACGGGUUUCCGGUGGAGUCUGUAUUCGGAGAUGGACGGGUUUCCGGUGGAGUCUGUAGCUUUAUCUAGGAAGGCUAUGUGAGCAACAAAGACUCUGUAUACUGGAAAACACCAACAGAUAAGAGGAUGGAAGUUUACACGCUUCGAUUGUUUGGUUAUAGGGUUAUAUAACAACAACAAAAACUGUAUUUUCAUAAACUGUUUUUGGUUAGAGUAACACUUUAAUUAUAGAUCUCUUUUAGGAACAGAAACUUGCUGAAGUGCUCUGUGGAAGUGUUUUAUUUAUUUAUUUUUAUACUAAAAGUGGACGCUUUCCUUCCUUCUAGUUCAGCUCCAUAGAGCUAUACUCUGGCACGCGCCCAGGGCACUGUCUAUUAAAGACCUUUCCAUUAAGUGUAGUGCAGCUCAUUGAGAAGUUUGUGAUUGGACAGCAUUUCAUGGAGUGUAAUAUGCGCUUCUGGUUGGUACGUAUCCUCAAUGAAAAGCAUUUGAUUGGCAUUCCAUGGCACAGACAUGAAAGUCUUCCUGGAAAUGAAGGGGAGGGCUGUAAACUAGAUCUGAAUCUAUUGCAAGUUAUUUCCUAUACCCGUAAAAAACAUGCAAACAUAAUUACCUGUUUGUUUCUUUUGGGGUGUAUCUACAGACUAUAUAUUUUUGCAAUCUGUUUAUACACAGCCCAAUUCAGUUUUGUAAUUUGGGCUGUUUGCAGUGAUCAGCCUCUGCUGUACUUUCUGUCUGCCUGGUUGACGGGGCUGUUAUAUAGUGUCAGUAUUUUUAAUAAUCCCUGCCUUAAUAAGCCAUUCUCAUUUGAGAAUUGUUGCUGGCUACUACAUUAGUUUUGCAAAAGUGUACCAAAAAAAUGUACAAAACAUUCUUUUGUUAAUUAUGGAAAAGUGAUUUUUGACAGAUGGGGGAUUCACCAUCACUUAGUUCUACACAACAGCGCUUAGUGCAGAGGAGCUAUACAAAGUGAUUUGGCAGUUAGUGCAGAGGAGCUAUACAAAGUGAUUUAGCGGUUAGUGCAGAGGAGCUAUACAAAGUGAUUUAGCGGCUAGUGCAGAGGAGCUAUACAAAGUGAUUUAGCGGCUAUUGCAGAGGAGCUAUACAAAGUGAUUUAGCGGCUAGUGCAGAGGAGCUAUACAAAGUGAUUUAGCGGCUAUUGCAGAGGAGCUAUACAAAGUGAUUUAGCGGCUAUUGCAGAGGAGCUAUACAAAGUGAUUUGGCGGUUAGUGCAGAGGAGCUAUACAAAGUGAUUUGGCGCUUAGUGCAGAGGAGCUAUACAAAGUGAUUUGGCGGUUAGUGCAGAGGAGCUAUACAAAGUGAUUUAGUAGUUAGUGCAGAGGAGCUAUACAAAGUGAUUUGGCAGUUAGUGCAGAGGAGCUAUACAAAGUGAUUUAGCGGUUGGUGCAGAGGAGCUAUACAAAGUGAUUUAGCAGUUAGUGCAGAGGAGCUAUACAAAGUGAUUUAGCAGUUAGUGCAGAGGAGCUAUACAAAGUGAUUUAGCGCUUAGUGCAGAGGAGCUAUACAAAGUGAUUUUUAUUUAAUUACUUUCACUUUUGACGUCUGUAGGUUCUGCUUUACCCUACAUUUUUCAGUUUUGCUCUAUGGAAAUCACAAGCAAACAAACAUUUUGACAUUCAUUUAAUGCAAAUGUAGUCUAUAGAUUGCCUUGCAAAUAAAAUUCCCAUAAUCCUUAGCUGGUGCCUUACUUGUAGGUGAUCCCCGUGUCUGUAUUAUGUUCUGAUGUUACAAACAAUGCCGGCCAUUCAAAGUCUAUAUUUCAAAAUCUUAAAGUGUUUUGUUUUUUCCAUUUUGUUUCACUCAACUUAUUGUCUUUUUUUUUUAAAGGCUGGGUUCUUAAAACAAAAACCUAUUUUAGACGGAAUUCUCCUGUCUUUCUUCUCGGCAAAUGCUACCACUUCAAGGGUGAAGGUAAUGAAUUGGCCUAGUGAUUGUUUAAUCCUGUCAGAGUAAUAUCUCGGUGUCACUUCUAUAUUUUUAAAUUAAAAGUAGACGUUAAAUAAUAGUGUAAUAGAUAAAAAAAAAUUUUUUUGGUAUUUUUCUGAUAUCACCCGUCUCCCUUCUUUUCAUUACAGAAUCCAGCGAAUCUUCACCUGAAGGCUCAGACUCUGGCUCCAUAAACAGUGAUGACAACUGGGGGAAUGUAGAAGAGUUUAGGAAAGACUUUAUUUCCAGGAUAUGGCUGACGUACCGCCAAGAAUUCCCCCCAUUAGAAGAAUCCGUGUGGACGACUGACUGCGGUUGGGGUUGUACUUUGAGAACUGGUCAGAUGUUGCUGGCACAAGGAUUACUCCUUCAUUUCCUAGGAAGAGGUUGGUUGACAUUAGUAGGCUUUUUUUUUUUUUUUUUUUUAUAGAUUUUUAACUUGACACAUUCCCACACAUGCUCCAUUCCAUAUAGAAGUCAGAUAGUGUACCAUCCACUGAAUUCUCUGCACAUCCCUGGGUUUAGUGAGAAACUACCACUAUUACCAACCGCAAACAUUAUCCCAAACUGAGCUGGACAAUUUGAUAGAGAAAUCUUGCAGUUUUUACAUCGCAGCGACCAAACUGGAUUAUAAAUAAAAAGAGCAGACCACCACCAUGGUUACUGGUACUGCUUAGAGCAGUGAUGGGUGACUUGCUUAGAACCAUGGGAUAUGUAGUUUAAUUUUUAAGGAAGAGGGUUGAGAUGGGACACAAAGGUAAAUAUUGGAUUGAUUGAAAUGGAAGGAAUAUCGAAUGGUUUUGCAUUUCACAAGAAUUUGAUGUAGACAUCCCUGUUCAGACAGCUUGCACCCAAAGGUUUAAAGCAGGGGUCCUCAAACUGUGACCUUCUAGAUGUUGCUGAACUACAACUCCCAUGAUUCUGUGAAUUACAUAGAUAGCCAGAUAAUCAUGGGAGUUGUAGUUCAGCAACAUCUGGAGGGCCACAGUUUUUGGACCUCUGGUUUAAAGGAACACUCACAUCCCUUUAACCACUUCUGCUCAUUGAAGUUAUAGGGGAAGCAGUGUCCAGGCUUUGCCUUGCCUUCAAGGGUUAAGCUGUUAUGCAAGUCUGGGCACCUUAUGGGAAAAAAGAGCCCAGGUUCUCCUGUCCCUAUACAAAAUCAAUAUGAUACCGCACUUCACUUAUAUUUGCAAAAAAUAUUUUUAUUGCCACAAAAGAUCAGGUUAGAAGAUAUGAAAAACAAAUUAUAGAAAAUAUAUAAGCACAAAAUGCUGACCAGCAACUCCUGUCCCUGUCCCUAUAAUGUCUUUAAUGAGCUAAAUUUAAAUUCUGAGAUAAUAGGUGUAUGAUUCUGGAAGGUGAAGCAGUCGUAUAUUUACAUUCUGUAACCUAUAAUCUACUAUUUUGAACUUUUUUGUCACACUGUUUUCUUGUAUGCUAUUUCAGACUGGAUCUGGCCAAACUCCGUGGACUUUGUCAAUGCUGACCCUUUCUCUUUGUUUUCAAAUACGUCUCAGAGACUUGCUGCUCCUUUCGAAACCUCUUUGCCUGAAACUAGAGACACUAUCUCAUCUUGCAAGCCAUUAACAAACAAGAAUGUUAAUGUAGAUACUACUGAGUUCUAUCACAGGAAAAUAGUCUCAUGGUUUGCCGACUGCCCAGCGGCGUAUUUUGGUAUCCAUAAAUUAGUUCAACUUGGUAAGAAUUCCGGUAAAGUGGCUGGAGACUGGUAUGGACCAGCGGUGGUCUCUCAUCUCCUGAGGCAAGUGUUCUAACUAUUAGGGCUAUCUAUACUUCACUUCGCAUAUGACAAUUCAUCUUUAAGUAGGUAUGGAAUCUGUAUAGUAUGCUAGUGAAAUUACCAAGAUUGUGAGAAUGUAUGAUCUAUUUAACUGAACAUUGCAUAGCCCAUCAGCUCGAGGACAAUGCACACCAGCAGAGUUUAUUCACCUCAGUCAGAACUCAAGGUGAAUUGAAAGUAAAUUUCAAAUUUAAGAUCAAAAUAGCCGAACUGGAAACAUUCUCUAAGUUCUCUGCUUUCAGUUUGGCUACUCUAAUGUUCUUUUUAAAUUGGCAGCAGGUCAUUCAUGAAAGGUGACCUUUAAUGGGUUCGCCAUUGACAUUUCUCAUAUUGCAUUUUAUAAUUAAUAUAAAUUUAUAUUAAAAUGUUUCACCAUUUCAAGUAUUUAUCAAUUUCAACCGAACUGCCAAGGAGCUUAAAUGCAAAUGAAUAAGCAGGUGCAUGUUUAACCUAUCACGCAUGAAUUCUCUUCUAAAACAAACUAUACUUGGAGAACUUAAAACUGUGUCCUUGCUGGAUACAUUUAAAGGAAUACCCCAACCACCAUAACUACUACAGCUGGCUGUAGCGAUGUGGUAAUAGUGCCAGGAGUUUGCUGGCACCAUCCAGAAUAAGUAGUCAAAUUGUGUUUAGUACAGUUUGUCCAGGUGAUUAGAGACUCGUGAUUAAUGUGCUCUUUGUUUUGUUCCCUGUGUGGUCACGAUUAUAAUAUUCCGAGUUCUGUAAGUUCCUUGUUCCACUAACUGUCCCAAAAUUUCUGAAACCUGAAUUUUAGUCAACUUUUAUUCAGCCUCAAACACAUAUUACUAAUAGGUUCCUCAAUCACAAUUCACAGUGGCUUCCAACUGUCAGCGACGUUCCAGGGGGCUUGUCUAGCCGUUCUUAAAGCUGCAGUACACUGUGUAUUGAUACGACUGUAACAUGUACUUUUAAAAUAAAACCUACAGUAAUCUCAACAUGUCUUAAUUAAGCCAAUUUAAUCUGGCCAAGCAGUUUGGAAAGUCUCUAGAUAUUGAAUUGUGGAAGAUAAAAAAACAUUUGUUUACACACUUCCGGUGCGGCAACACAGGUCUGAAAACCACCAUCAUAUGAGCGCCCAUCCUUCUGUCCACAAAUUAUCUCUGCAUUCCCGUUGCUUGGUGUCAGUCAUUUUGCAUAGCGACAAGGUGCAAAUCUAUUUCACCAGUGCAUUGUACAGCGCUAUGGAAUCUGAUGGCACUAUGUAAAUAAUAAAUUAAUGAAAAUAAUAAUUAUAGUAUUUGAGACCUUGUCAUCCAUAUGUUUUGUGUAUUAUAGCACCUUUUAAAAUUUUCUCAUUACUUAUAGAUUUCGGUGUUUAUAUCUUAGUCAUAAUUUUUGUGACUGUGGCAUUUUUGAGACCCUUUAUUCCACACAAGUGUCAUGGCGAAUUCUAUUGCAGUAUUUAGAUGUACUGUUGACACAAACCCUUAACUUUUAUUAAACAUUGUUACAUGCCUCUUUAUUUGACUUGGUGUUUUAUCUUUUUAUACACAUUUAUAUAUAAUAUAUUUUGUGUGCCUCUAAUUGUGUUAUGGAACCUAUUACAUGGUUAACUAGAAGAUGAUGAUUGUAUGUAAUGUUUUAUGGAAUAUAAACUGGGUUUUGCCUGCAUUGCAUCCUGGGUAAGAAAAUCCAUUCCUUUAUAUUUAGGAAAGCCAUUGAAGAAAGCCCUGAUCCUGAGCUGAAAGGAAUUUCAGUUUAUGUUGCUCAAGAUUGCACAAGUAAGUGAACAGCUAGUGUAGUAACAAUAACAGAUGGUCUAUCUUCGAUUGGGGCAAUGUAUACCCGAACACGUUUCUCUUGAUUUACACUAGUUAAAUGCAACAUUUAUCCUAGCAGUUGGCUUACUCCUUGAAUAGAUCACAUGAUCCUCUGCCGCACAGUGCUCCCCAAUCACAUGUCAAUCACAUGCCUUAUUUGGGAAGACCAUUCAUAAUGGUGGGACUGGAGUAUAGAAUGCCUUCUGGUAAAUGAAAUGUACUCUAACGGCAAUGGUUUUGUAGUUUAUACAGGUGAUGUCUGUGACCAACUACAAGGCUUGGACGGCGAUAAAGCCAUUUUAAUACUGGUCCCUGUGCGACUUGGUGGCGAAAGAACAAAUGUUCAAUACUUUGAUUUUGUAAAGGUAGGAAAUGUCUUGGUUACAAUAUAUCACCUUAUUUUAUAUCAUGUAAAAACUCACUGAUGGAAUGUGAUAUGUUUAUUGGUAUAUCCAUACCACGCAACAUUUCAAAUUAACAAAGAGGGGCACUUUACGUUUUGGAGGUUUGAGUGGCAGGGUGGCCAGGGGCAAGGCUGUAAGAACAUUUUUAGGUGACUUACUAGCAACAAUUUAUACAAUUAAAAUGUAUGCCCAAAAUAGGGACUGACCCCCAUAAUAAGGGACACUUGGGAGGUAUGGUUUAUCUGGUUUAUAGAUGUUGUGAUAGUGAGUUUUCAGGAAAUUCUAGAUAUAUUGAGGUGUCUUUGACAGUCUUGUAACUAGUUUGGCUAUUUGUGUCCUUGUCCUAGCUUGGAAUAUGGCUAUAUUUUUGUAGUAAUUUGCUUUUAUUUGUCAUAUACUAAUGAUUACACAGCUCUGUUUACUCUUCUGUCUUCCAUCUUAAAGUGAUACACCUUCUUAGCUGAGGCUGGGUUAUUAGUUUAUCUCCCAACUGUAUAGGGUCAAUCUAAACCCGUGUCCCAUUUCUGUGUCACUCUACACCGCUCUGCUUGGCUUACUGAGGAUUUUCCUUUUAACCUGCACGUUUGUUUGACAUGCUUCACUGUAUAUUGAUUAAACUGCAGCAAAAACAGAGACACUUAUUCUGGGAAAACAUCAUAUUUUUAAAUGUUUCACUUGGCUUUUUUUUAGUCAGAGUAUCGUUCUAACCCAGCAAAGUCUUUAUAUAGGUUUAUACUUUCCUCUGUAUGGCUAACCCUGACAUUUCACCUUCAAUUUUGCACCAGUAAACAUUUUUUUUCUCUUUAAAAAAAAAAUAUUUUCUUGCUCCUGCAAUCCUAAAUAGGUUUUCAGGCAGGUCAAGGAUUUUCAAAAUUACUUUUGGCAAAAGCUUCUGUCUUUAACUGCACUGAGAUCCUUAAAAAUGCUUCACUAUUAAAGCUCCUUAUCCCGGUCCGAUCUUAUCCCAUAAAUCCAAAAGAUUUUUAUAUUUUAUUUUUUAAAUUUCACAAUUUGCUUAUUACCACAAAAAUACACACAAAAAACCAAAAGGUUGUUGUAGCAUCACUUACAGUGUGUAAGUGGUAAAUAGCACCUGAUAAAACCGUUCUUUAUUUUGUGUGGUUUCUUCUCCCAUAAAUACCCGUCCAUCAGGGAUUUUUGUGAUGUGUAGUUUAACACCUGGCAUCCGUCUCUCUCAUUACAUAUGAUAAGGAAGGAAGCUAACAGCAGCCAUUUUGUGACUGCUGUCACUUUAAUAGCCCAGUAAACCAUUUUGUAAAAGUCUGAGUGUCACACAUGCAGUUGCUGCUCACUCUAGAAAUACACAAGGCAAAGAAAAGAUGACUUUGCCACAUUUUGCGAAAAUUAGGUGUUUUAUAUAUGACAAUGUGCUUCUGCUACCACAUCCUGACACUACCAUUAGCUGCUGGUUAGGAACUGCUGAUUAAACUGAACAAACAUGCCUAUGACUUCUCGUUGUGAAAACCAGAGAUUAUUCUGGAAGGUUUCGCUCACUCUUCCAUAGACCACUGUUCUGCACUUGCGCAAAAGUUCAAUAGUGACUUCACCAUCUUCCACCAGGAGCUAAAGGAAGUGGUGGCAGCCAGGAGUAAGAGGUUCAGGUAAAUGUCAACCAUUCCCGUCUCCCUUUCAGUGUCCUAGUUUAAGCAGACAUGUCAGAAACUGCAAAUGGGAAAAAUGUUGCUUUAAAACUUUAUUUGUAUCAUGUUAACAAUUUGUUUAUUUUCUCUUGAGAAAUAUUGUGUAUAUAUAGUUUAGAUCUGGUAUGUUAAAACUGCAGCUUCCGAAAUUUUCUGGUCAUCAUAUAGCAGAACAAUAUAGAUUAUCUGGAUGCCCUGUUUAAAGAAAACCUGCUUCAGAACAGAAUGUGUAUAGAUUCAGAAUGACUGACUAGCUUUUUAUCCUUUUUACAGAGAUCUACUACUGAUAUUAUUUUUUCCCACCCUCUUCUAUUUCCCAAUUUAGGGUAUCCUAAGCCUCGAGUGUUCUGUUGGAAUUAUUGGUGGCAAACCCAAGCAAUCCUAUUACUUUGUAGGUUUUCAAGGUUGGUGAUUUAAUAAAAUUCAACUUUCUAACUCAAUUUGAAGUCACAUCCCCCGCUUCAUCUACAAAGCAAGUGAAUUUGUAAAUGACCGUUUGGGAGCUGAAUAAUUACAAUGGCAAAAAAGUCCUCUAUUAAUUCAUCAGGGUCCACAAAACUCUAGUCGUUUGUCAUUUAGCGCGCAUAGUAAUUGGUUUCUGUAAAACGCAUGUUUAAUUUCUCACACUGCAUAAACAAGGCAUAUUUUACCUACCGUCUAAUGAAACUUUAAGAGCUUCCACUGCUCUCAUUUAGCAGAUUGUUACAUAUUUACAUUUGAGCAGUUUAAAGUGGGGUACGUUGAUGUUAACAUGACAUAUAAUCUGUCCACCUUGUCAGUAUCCUGUAACUUUGUGCAUUUGUCAUCGCCCAAAUGGCAGAAUAUAAUUGUGUGUUUGUAAGAGUAAUUUCAUCACCAAAAAUUAAAUGACAGUCUCAUCACUUUAUAAAAAAAAUCUGCUUAUACAAGCAUAUUUGAUUAUGCAAAAGUUAAUCUGUCCUGUAAAAUCUCUGCAUCAGUCAAGCAUUCUCUGGCAUUAUCCUUUUGUCUGAUUUUCUUUUUUUCUCGCCGCUCUGCAUAGAGAUUAGAUUGUAAGCAUUGUAAUAAUAGAGUAUUUUUUGAAUUGCUUGUCUUCUGUUUUGUCCUUGUAGAUGACAGUUUGAUUUACAUGGAUCCUCAUUACUGCCAAUCUUUUGUAGAUGUCAGCAUAACAGAUUUCCCUCUCGAGGUAAUGUGGCUGCAGUUUUUGAGCUCAGUUUUGCUUGUCUGAUUUAUACACUAAUUAGAAGUUGAAAUUCUACAAAAGAUCUCAUCACCUUUCUGUAGCUAGGACCAGUUGCGGAGUUGAAUAGAUCGUGAAAUAUGUUUCGGAAAGAAAAGUGGAAUUAUCUGAUUUGUAUUCUCAAUUUAUGACACUGUCUUCAUCCUAUCACCAUUAAACAAUUGUGUGACCAAUGUUUAAAUUCUAGCUAAAGAGAAAACGUAGGAAGGGUUAAAGAAAUAGAGCUUUUUUAAUUCUUGGUAUUGGUACUAAAAAUUGUUGAAACUUUAGAAUGCAAAAUCUAUAAAUUUUAAUUUCAAUUAAACAUUUGAAUGUCUGUCUGCAUAAAAAAAAAAAUUCCCUACACAAACAAGGUUAGUGCCCUUCCCCAAAAAAUGGCUUAAUCAAAACAAUAUCAAAUAAAAAAUAAACAAAACUGAUACUUGUUUUGACAAUACCUUAAAAAGUGAGAGCAAAAAAACCCCACACAAACCAAAUACUCAGGCAAAAGCUGCAACAUGUACAACACAUAAACUAAACUGUUAACAUUAUAUACCAGUGUGAAACAAAAGGCAAAAGUGGCUAAAAAAUGUAAAUGCAUACUUAUUGAGAAUUAUCCGAGAUCACAAGAUCAAUCAGAUAUACCUUGAAUCAUCAUUGUAUCCCACAAAUUACUCUUCAGAUGUCAAUUUUUUUUGAACAGUUUCCUUGGGCUAUAAAGAGCCCAAUAUAAUCUUGCCACGGACAGGGGGGCUGCCUUAACAGAUAGUGGUUUGAAAUGCUACAUCUUUGAUUGCAUUGUUGAGUGCGAACUUUGCCAUAUGGUCCCUAAAGCCGUGCCUAGGUGGACUAUUUCCAUCGGUUUUAUUGCUGCUUUUGUAAGUACCUUAAAAGAACAUUCAAAGCACCAUAACCACUACAGCCUACAGGAGUACCCUGUUGUCAUCCCAGUGUAAUCUAACAAACCGUUUUAACAUGGUUAGAUGUUUCCUUUGAUUUCCACUAGUUAACUGCAUGAUAGCCUGUUUUAGAACUGGAGAAGCCAUAUGUCCUUUUUGUAACGUUUAGGAAUGAAGAGAGCUUGGAUAACCCUCUCUGGCAAUGAGUAAAUGCCUACAUCUGCAUCUGGCACCUCAGAGCCACCUUAAAAAAGUCACUAUCUCUGGGCCACGUUACAUCUACCUAUGUCUGUUUCUAGGCCUAUGCAUAAAAUGUUGAAGUUAUUUAGAAAGAAAAGUUGAAUGGCAGCAUUCAACCAAUAGAACGUCUACGCUCGAUUAGAACUGCACCACAGUGGUUCUUUAUAAAUGUCUCUAAGUUUGUAAAUGUAGUAAUCUAAAGCUUGCUUAAACAAUGUCCACCUUCAAUCAGAUCUCCAACACCCCCCUGGUCCCCAAAACACAUACACACAUUCAUAAUUUAUUUUGCAUAAACCACUGCUACAGAUAAUGGUCAAUAAAGCUAAAAGCUCAGUGUUUUAUGCAAUACGAGAAUAUGCACCAUCAUUAAACUUUGAAACGCUGACUCGAACAGCCAUAGAGAAAUUCUUUGACAAAGAUAAAUGGACCCCAGUGGAACAAUGUACAUUUUACUGAAGCUCAUAGUCUACGCAGAUAGAUUUGCAAAUCUAAUUAGGUAAAAUCACACACAUUAUCACGUUUAAACAUUGCUUUCUAGUCAAGAUUACAGAGGGUUAGGGAUUUUAAAGUCAUUCUUUUUUUAAUGUGUUUAAACAAUGUUGUGAAAUGAGAAUAGGGCAAAACAUUUGUUGCUUGUACAAAGAGAGCCUUUUUAAAAGCUUUUUGUAUUUCGGCAGCACCUUUACAACAUUGAUACGGACAAAGUGGGGUUGUUUUUCAAAAUGGGUUCUUACCAAUUAGGGCAAAGACAUCAAUCUUGGUACAUGGGGACUAAUUUAAAACUACGUUGUCUCUUGAUAGCAAUCAAAACAAUUAAUUUAUUAUGAUGGUAUUUAUUUUAGAAUUUUUCUGGAAAAAAAUAAAUACUUGGAAACCUGAUUUAUGCGCAUGGUUUUGCCAAGUAGCAAAUAGUUUGUAUAAAAUCAACAUUCUUUUGUCUAACGUUCUAUUGGGCACUGCCAUUUUCCUGGUAUUAAUGUUUUUUUUCAUGUAUUCACUGGUUCCUCUCUGUUCUAGUGAGUUGUAUCAACUUAGAUUAGGCCACAUUGAUUAAACAAUUUAAUAUGGAUUCAUCUUGGGAGGAUGUUUGGGAGGGGGUCGGGGAGGUUUGAGAUGGAAAUCAUUGGAGAAGUUAAUAUCUUAUGAAAUGUGUGAGCUUUUUCAAAGGUCAUUUUGUGAUGAUUAUUUAAGAAGUAGCAGAUUUUAGUUAGAAUAUGCAUUAUACACAUCACAUUUUGGAUUGAAUAAAAUAUUUUGUCCUCAGUCAUUCCAUUGCCCUUCCCCGAAGAAGAUGUCUUUUAAGAAGAUGGAUCCAAGUUGCACAAUCGGAUUUUAUUGCAGGAACACCAAGGACUUCGAGAAAGUCACAGAAGAACUUGCAAAGGUAUUUCCCCACUGAAUGCAGUUCUGCUAAUCACAUGUUUGGCCUACCACGUCCCCUUCUGCUAGGGACAUGUAUAUAGACAUAGUGCUGACCGUUGUAAGCUAUCAUUUUUAACCCCUUAAGGACACAUGAUGGAAAUAUUCCGUCAUGAUUCCCUUUUAUUCCAGAAGUUGUGUCCUUAAGGGGUUAAACAAUAUUUAACCUCUAGUUUGUUUUCUGGUUUGUUCAUAGAGGGUAUAUAUAUCCCUGGAAGUCCACACCAUACGCCCCUCGUGUCUUGAGACUGAGCCCCAAUCCUUGAUGCAUUCUCUCUAGAUGAACCUUGCAUUUAUAGGGCUUGAAUAGGUAUAAUUUACAAAUCUGACAGAGACCAUUAUGGACUCUGCUAUGACUGUUAAAGUAACACUAUAUAGUCACGUAAAUUACUUUAGCUAAAUGAAGCAGUUUUAGUGUAUAGAUCAUUCCCCUGCAAUUUCAUUGCUCAAUUCACUGUCAUUUAGGAGUUAAAUCACUUUGUUUCUGUUUAUGCAGCCCUAGCCACCUCUCCUCGCUAUGAUUGACAGAGCCUGCAUGAAAAAAUAAACUGGUUUCACUUUCAAACAGAUGCAAUUUACCUUAAAUAAUUGUAUCUCAAUUUCUAAAUUUAACUUUAAUCACAUACAGGAGGCUCUUGCAGGGUCCAGCAAGCUAUUAACAUAGCAGGGGAUAAGAAAAUCAUAAUUAAACAGAACGUGCAAUAAAGAAAGCCUAAAUAGGGCUCUCUUUACAGGAAGUGUUUAUGGAAGGCUGUGCAAGUCACAUGCAGGAAGGUGUGACUAGGGUUCAUAAACAAAGGGAUUUAACUCCUAAAUGGCAGCUGAUUGAGCAGUGAUGCUGCAAGGGCAUGUUCUAUACACCAAAACUGCUUCAUUAAGAUAAAGAUGUUCAGGUGACUAUAGUGUCCCUUUAAUGUGGAAGUUAACUCUAUAUUAGCCCAUCUAACUUUGGAUGGCAGUAGGAAGUUAAGUGUUUGGUCUGGUGAUUGCCACCCAAAAGUAAUGUUAACAUUUAAUGUCCCUCCGUCAUGCCACAUAGAAUAUUUGAGCUAAAUACUUGCUUUAUUGGAUGGCUUGAGAGCAAUAAUGCAUAAUUAGAUGGUGCAUAAAAGAUACAGAUUAUUAGAGUAAACCAAAGACAUCUGGUUAAGGCUAGUUAUAUGUAAUUAAAUGGCACUUGUGCGACUCUCAUAAAGUAUAAAUAUGGCUCACCUCUGCAGGACGUCCGAGUGAUCAACUUAUAUAAUGCUGUGUCCUCUGCAGAGAAACGACCUACAUUCAGUACCAUAUGGGUUAAAAUAAAUUUGACAUGCUUAAUCAGACUUGCAUACAAAGUGAAAUAUUAAAAAUAAUGGUACAGCCCAUCAGGUUUGUGCAAAAAGAUGUGACUGUUCCACUUUUUUUUUUUUUAUAAUUCUUUAUUUUUGGUGUGCAGGUGGUCACAAUAGAUGGACUGACAGACGCCACAACAGCGUAUUUCAAGUUGCAUACAAGUUAGACAGUGGCAUGAUAAUUUGCACAAUUUUUAUAUUUAACAUGCUUAACUAGACAGUUAUUUUGUCCGAGUAGGGUUAGGUGAAAUAAAAUAAAACAGAAACGCAAAUACAGAUAUUGGAUGCUUAACAUUGCUAGUUCACCAAUGCUAUAGUAGUUGUAGUAUGGGCACAUUUUAAAUCAGGGCUGUAUCUGGUUAUGUAAUACUGUAUAGAUUCACUGAAAACCUAAAUAUAACUCACUAAUCUUUUGAACGAAAAUGCUAGGUCAACGCUUAUAAUAAAUGAUAGCAGCAGUAGAUAACAUCAUCAUAGGAAGUGUCAGUGGGUGAGCGAAACAAUGAGGUGUAGUAAACAUGCUAUGGUGACUGACUUAGUUGUCGGCUCCACCAAAUGUGACAGCAAGUGUGAGUAUGCGUGUUGACAUAUACUUAAGCUGUUGCUACGCUUUUCAGUUCACGACUCUAGAGAACUAUAGCAUGGUCAGGUGAGGUCUGUUAGUUAUAUCAUAGUGUGUAAGCCACCAAAGCUGCAGCUACAAGUGGGUUGUAAUCAGUGUGUUAUAUGUGUGCAUCAGUAGCUUGAUGUGUGUGUUGCGAGCCUUUCCUUUAGUGAACAUGCAGGCUUGGUGUGGUCUAUUAUAGUAAGGUUGAAAGCACAGCAGGGCAAUACAUGAAAAUACAGUAAAUGUAUAUAGUAGAGGGUGCUUGUCUGCACAAAGGGUCUUUCUCAUGGGGCCCCUUGUGAUAGGCGUGGGAGUCCGGUUGGCGUUUGCCUGUGAGUAUAACUGGUGCCUCACAUGUGGUUAGUCCAGGUGUCCGUCAGCCAAUGCCUUUCAGGGGCAUGUUAGAGUCCCACGCGGCGCAGCCGGUCAGCCUGCCCAAUUUCUUGAGUCCCAGCGAUGAAGUGCCUGGCUGGUAUGUCAGCCGUUGGAGAGCUUCCAGCUUGUCGUUUUGUGUUGCCGUCUGACUGUGGGUCCCCCAGCCUGAUUCAUGGUUGCGUCUCUGCUUGGAACGGUACAGGCGGGCCCUCUGCCCAGAAGAGUGGUGGGAGGCUGGCCAGGCUGUGGGCUGUAUAGCGGUGGUACCUGGAGGGGUGAGUACCCAUUGUGCUUGUGUUCCAUCAGUUACUGCGGGUGUUCCACUGGUUCGUGGCUUGGGUUUGAGUGGCUGUGCUUUGUGAGCUGCUCUCAGCCGGUGUGCUGGGUAUUUCCCGCCUCGCGGCCAUUUUGGGCUCUUCAUCCGUGCCAGGAUUGCAGGUGUCCAUCGACUGUUUAGUCGCUUGUUUGGUGGCGCCGGUGAAGGUGAGUGCUUGUUUGGAUGCUGUUGAGCCUGGAACUGCAGCCUCUCUUCCAGUUUACUCCAGAAUGUUGUGAAGGCUCUGUCCAGUCUGACCUCUAUGUCCGCCCAUAUUGCUGUAGUGUCUAUGUUCCUCGUGGCGUCCGCCAUGUUGGCUGUGUUGGCAGACGUGCUCUUAGUUAUAGCCCCGCUGUUCCUCGUGCGGUGUGGGUCAGAGUAGUUCCCCAGGGUUAGACCGGGAUUACCCCCAUCGGUCCGGGGGGGGGUUGCAGGGUACCUGCUCUACAUGAUGUGCCGCUUAGGGCUGGGAGGUCGGCCAUCUCUCCCGCCUGGUGGUCAGCGGGCCGCAUGGCUCCACGUGUGCCGCUCGUUGACUUCGGUGCAGCUUCUGUCCUCGGUAGUUUCUUGUUGCUCCGUGCUAAGGUAGGUGAGGCUUUAGCUGGGUUUUGUCUCGGGUUAAUUUUGGCUAAAAGGCUCUUUUUCAGCAAUGAUAGUGAGGAGCUCAUGCAAGAUGCGUCUUUGCUGCUUGACAGUCAGGCCCCGCCCCCCCAUAUACCGUGACUGUUCCACUUUAAUAUGUUAUGCGCAAUAUUAUUUUUGUUAAAAUAAUAUAGCACCAAUUAGUAAAUUACUACUACCAACUAACACGUUUUGUAGAAGUAAUGUACUAAUUGGUGUUGGUUAAAAUUUCCUAAAAAUAAAAAAAAUAACAAUCUCAUGUUAAUGCAGAUUUAACCUUGAUGUGCAUAAUAUUUUAUAAUUUACAUUUAUUGAUUAUUUUUUUGUGUGUGCAUCUUUCUUUUCUUAAAGUACAUAUAUAUGAGUUUUGUAGCUUUAUAGCAGUGUAAAACUUUUAAACUGCAAUCUUUGCUAAUUCCAGAAGGUGGCGCUCUUGAAAUAGCAAAAGUCUAAUAACAUAUUUGGUGUAAUGUUUUUAGAAGGUACAGAGCUCAACAGAUUAAUUUACUUAGAUUAGCACCAUAUAAAAAUAUAGACUGCUUUUGAUUCUGUAUCUAAUACAACCAUUUAUUUAGGAAGCAAUAUUUAAAUCUAAAUAUACAUAUACUUUUUAGAACCUCCCAAUUUAAAUUAGUUUGAAAUCUGUUUUCCAAUCAGUUUGUUUACCCCGGUAGUAUUGGCUUGUGAUUGGCUACUGCAGGUGUAUCCCACAUUCUAAAUUAAACAAAAAAAAUGUAGACAACGGUUUCUGUAAUCAGACAAUCCUAAUAUACCCUGCACUACCUUUGAAGACGCUAGUUUUCAUUGUGUUGGAAACUUUCUUGCCAGAUGAGUGUCACAAUACUUUUUGAUUUAACUUGUCAAUAAAAAGUAACUUUUUUAACUUGACUGAAAGCUCCUUCUCAUAGGACAUUUUCCUUAUGCUGGGCGCUCUACUUUAUUAUUAUUUUGAUAUUACAAAGGUCAAGUACUGGGUAAAAAGAUUACAUCAGUCGGAUUCCACCUGUUAUGUACAAGCUUCUUGUAAUUCCUCUCACUUCUGCUCUUUAUUAACCAAUCAUUCAUUUAAUGGCAUCCAGCUCACCCCCCUUCCAGUCAAUAUAAACAUCUGUAUGACAUGCCGUACUCCAAUAAUUGGGCUUGGUUAAAUUUAGUUUCUAAACUUUAAACACAGCUCUGGUUGCGUUGCCCAAGGGUUCAGAACACUGGGUGCUGCUGCCCUCAGUCUUUGUGCCAUGAACAGGCAGAUCACUUCUGGACUGGCUAAUGUAUGAGAAAUGAAUAGGCCAAGGAUUAGUUUUAAUAAAACCGGAAGGAACAAUGAAUGAAAUUGCAUUAUGGAAGACACAUGAUCACUUUAAACUCUUGCAACUCCCAAGGGAAUGUUCAUAGAUGUUUAAGACAAAUCAUUUUACAAAAAAAUAAAAGGGUUUUGUGUUUCUAUUUUCAAUCUUUUUCUUUUCUUUUUUUUUUUUCUUUAUUGGAUUCUUGACAUCCAAACAUGGAGUCUUUGUUUUUUUUUGUUUUUUUUUUUAAAGUCAUGACUGGGUAAAAAAACCCACAUUUUGAAGGUUCAGAGUUCAUGAUUUUUGGCUAAGAUAAUCUUGUCUCUGUAGUACCUCCUUUUUCAAUGCUAAAUACUUUGAAGUUCUCCUUUUCAUGGGAUCAGUUUCAUUAAUGUUCAGGCAAAAAAAUCUUGCUUCCUCUUUACAAAAUACUAAGUUCCAGUCAACUUUUUGCCAUUAUGGUUCCAUGAGAGACAUCACACAUCUGGUAAACUGUUUGAAAUUUAAUAUCUUAGAUCGCAUACAGGGUUGUAAACAUAUUGUCUUUGCAUCUAGUGAUCUCUCUCUCUCUCUCUCUCUCUCUCUCUAGGUACUGAAAUCUGCAACCAGGCCAAAUUAUCCUUUAUUUACCUUUGUAAAUGGCCGUGCUCGGGAUUUUGAUCUUGUCUGCUCUCCCGUCUACGAACAAAAUGACCUUUUCACUGACGACGAAAAUAAAAGAUUAAAAAGAUUUAGCACGGAGGAGUUUGUCUUGCUCUAA